GUCGGUGUUUGAGAGCCGAGGGAGGGUGUUCUUUCCCUUUUCAAACCAACCUCUGUUCCUCAAGCUGGUUGCACACUGACAUCACUGGAGUUUCCCAUUUAGUGUAUAUAAAGUCAGAGGGAAGCAAAUAACUUCAUAUCAAAAACUCACACAAAAAGGAACAGAUCUCAGAGAACUAACAGCAUGGUGAAAUACGAAACGACAGUAGAUGUGGGAGCCAGCGCAGGGGGAGUUUAUCAGACAACGGUGGCACCUGUACCAGUGAAGUCCUCCAGAAGCUGGAUAUGGAAGACAGUCGCCGCAGUCGUGUUUGUCUGCCUCUGCACCACCGCUGCUCUUUUCUUCGCCUGGCAUACCAAGAAAACAAACCAAACAGGACUUCAAAACUUUCCAGAGAAACAAAUCAGCACGACGACAUCAGAGCAAGGAAUAAUGCUAAAGCAGAUCGCUGAGAACACAAAGGCAGCCAUUCAUUUACAUGGUGAGCGUUAUAGCAACCAAGAGUCGGAUUUACUGAAAUGGGUCGGCGGCGUGGAUCAGUCGUUUGCACAGGGCGGUCUCGAGCUGGUCAACAAUGAGAUUCGCAUUCCUGCCGAUGGCCUUUACUUUGUGUACAGCCAGGUGUCCUAUGCCAUAAAGUGCAACAUGGACGAAGACGAUGAUGAUGCGCCUCUGAACUUCCUCAGCCACAGCAUCUACCGUUAUACGAACGCAGUGGGCAAGGAGAUGCCCCUGCAGAACUCGGCCCACUCCGUCUGCCAAUCAAACGAAGACGGGAAGACCGUCUACAGCACCGUCUACCUCGGUGCCGUCUUCCAGCUUAUGGAGGGCGAUAUGUUGUCAACCAAAACCACCCGUGUGGUGGACGUCGAGGAUGAAUAUGCCAAAACAUUCUUUGGAGUGUUUGCGUUGUGAUUUAUUAGCCACAUAAGUCAAGUGACACUGGUACAAAGACAAGCGUUUUAUGUUAAAACUCUGAAAGUAUGUUCUCAGGGCAUUUGUUUUUAAGUAGUUUGACUAAUUCUGAUAGUCCUUAUUGCAUCAUGACGAAACGUUUUGGUUCUAAAACACACUAGAUGCAGUGAGCGCCAUGCACUGAAUACCAUGUACUCAGUCAUGAGCACUAUAACAACAGCACUACACCUCGUAAACUUAUUUUAAGCUAAUAUGAUGUUUAUUAUCUUAAGUAUUUCGUUGUAGAAAUUGUAAGGAACAAUGUUUUUUUUGUGCUAUAUAUAAUUAUUUAUAAUUUUUGAGUGUAUUUAAUGUAUUUUAUUGUCCUAUUUAUCUAUUUAUUAAUGAUUACAUAUGCUAUUAUUUGGAAAAUUAAUGUAU